AUGUCUGAAGAAAGAGAUGCCGCUAACCAGGUCGCUGAGGUUGAGGUCGCUGCCGAUGCCUCUGCUCGUGGCCAAAUGUCCGUUGAGGAGGCCCUUCAGGAUGUUCUGAAGCGCGCCCUUGUCCACGACGGCCUUGCCCGUGGUCUCCGUGAGUGUGCUAAGGCCCUUGACAGACGUCAAGCUCACAUGGCUGUCCUUGUUGAGACCUGCACUGAGAAGGAGUACAUCAAAUUGGUCGAGGCCCUUUGUGCCGAGCAUAACAUCAACUUGAUCAAGGUCUCAGAUGCCAAGAAGCUCGGUGAAUGGGCUGGUCUAUGCAAGAUUGACCGUGAGGGCAAUGCCCGCAAAGUUGUCGGUUGCUCCUGUGUCGUCGUCAAGGAUUUCGGUGAGGAGUCUGAGGCCAUGAACGUUCUCUUGGAUUACUUCAAGACUCGUUAA